AUGACGUCCACUCAAUCCAACUCCAAGGGUGUCGCAGUCGUCACUGGAUCCGCGCAAGGAAUUGGACGCAGCAUCGCAAUACGCCUUGCAAGUGAUGGCUAUGACCUCGUCAUCAACGAUUUGGAAAGCAACAAAGAGAACUUGGAGGAAGUCAAAAAGGACAUCGCUGCCGAUUUCCCGGAGCGCAGAGUGUUAACUGUGUUUGGGAAUGUCAGUAUCGAGGAGGAUGUCAAGAGCUUGAUUGAGAGCACAGUCAAAGAGUUUGGCCGCCUGAAUGUUUUUGUGGCAAACGCAGGCAUCCUCAGAUCAAAACCACUCUUGGAAACGACAUCUGAUGACUUUGAGUCUGUGCUUUCGGUCAACGUUAAGGGCACUUUCUACAGCUAUAAGUAUGCAGCGCAGCAGAUGGUAGUUCAAGGUGAGGGUGGGCGAAUUAUCGGUGCGAGCUCCCUUGCGGGAAAGAAAGGGCAUGCUUCACUCAGCGCUUAUUGUGCAUCUAAGUUUGCUAUCCGAGGGCUGACGCAGACCGCAGCCAUCGAGCUUGGUCGCAACGGAAUCACGGUGAACGCAUAUGCGCCAGGAACGAUCGACACACCAAUGCUUGUUGGGCUGGCUGGAUCAGCUAAUUAUAAUGGCGUUUACGAUGAGGUGAUCUUUCUAACAAUGUUGUCAUCAGUAGGUGACCUCGGAGCUCCCCAGGAUAUUUCGAACCUGGUUUCAUUUUUGGUGACCCCGGAAGCACGUUUCAUCACAGGCCAAACAAUAACGAUCGAUGGCGGCAUCUUCUUUGAUUGA